CGCUCGCUUGGCUUUAUAUACGCCUACACAUUAUAAAUAUUUCUUCCACCACGACAGUUUAUUCCCCCUUCAUCUCUUUCUCUCUCCCUCUGUCUCUCUCACAAAUCAUGGCAAUUUAUUGUGAUAGAAUUGCCAUGUUACACAUUAUUCUCUUUAUCGUCUCUUUUUCUUUUUCAGGAUUUAGUUUCCUAGCACAAGUCGAGUCUUUCGGAAUCAAUUAUGGCCAAAUUGGCAACAAUCUACCUCAACCGGAAAAAGUUCUCGAGCUUUUAAAAUCGUUGAGGAUCACAAAAGCAAGAAUUUACGACACGAAUCCUCAAAUUUUAAGCGCAUUCGCACACUCGGGCGUCGAACUAAGUGUCACAGUUCCUAAUGAAAUACUAGGCGUUGUGAUGGAUCCCCAACAGGCCCUCCAAUGGGUCACUGCUCACGUAAAACCAUACGUUCCGGCUACAAAAAUCACCGGAAUUGCUGUCGGCAACGAGGUUUUCACCGGCGACGACACAUCCCUGGUGGCCAAACUUGUCCCCGCAAUAAUUAGUAUCCACGGAGCCCUAGUUCAACUAGGCCUUGAUCAGUCUAUUCAAGUCUCCACCCCUUCUUCACUAGCCGUUCUCGCGAACUCCUACCCUCCCUCAGCCGGUUGUUUCCAGCCGGAGCUCACCGGAAUAAUGACACAGUUUCUCCACUUCUUGUCCACAACUAAAUCCCCGUUUUGGAUCAAUGCAUACCCCUAUUUCGCAUACAAAGACUCCCCGAAUGGAAUUUCUCUAGACUAUGUCUUGUUUAACCCUAAUGCCGGAAUGGUGGACCCCUACACGAAACUACACUACGACAACAUGUUGUAUGCUCAAGUGGACUCCGUUCUGUUCGCCAUGCUGCGGCUAGGCUUCAACGGCAUCGAGGUCCGCGUGUCGGAGACCGGGUGGCCGUCGAAAGGUGACCAAGACGAGGUCGGUGCAAGUGCGCAGAAUGCGGCUACUUAUAACAGGAACUUGUUAAGAAGGCAAUACGGGAAUGAAGGGACUCCUUUGAGGCCGAAAAUGAGACUGGAAGUGUAUUUGUUUGCGUUGUUCAAUGAGAACAUGAAGCCGGGACCUAGUUCGGAAAGAAAUUAUGGUUUGUACCAACCUGAUUUGAGCAUGGCCUACAAUGUGGGCCUGUUGGGUUCGUCAAGUAUCACUUCAUCGACACCAACCUCCACCUCAACGUCGACCUCCACUUCCACUUCGACGGCUUCCAUUUCUCUAACAUCUUCUGCAAGUCGUCGUCAUAAGCAGGUGCCAAAGAUGGGAUAUCAAAACCUGGUUUAUUGGACGUUGCUCGUUUAUUUGUCGGCCUUUCACUUUUCUAUGAGGAGGUGAUUAGUUUGUUGAUUAUAUAUUAUUGCAUUUUCACUCAAUCAAAUGCAGCAGCUUAAUUGGCAGCAGAAAUAUGGGUCCUUUUGGCAUUGAAAUAUAUUAUACAUCGCUUAGAACGAGAAAUUCAUCUACAAAAUUAUGAUACCAUGACCCAUUUUUGCCACCUGCCGAAUCAACAACGAAAUACAUAAAAGCCACGGCAGACGGACUGAUGACAUGCGAGCUUCCCCCAGAUUCUAGAUAGAUACAGCGACGAAAUUAAUGAAACGAUUUAUGAUCUUGUAUAUUGUAUAUUACGUAAUUGGGUUUGUCUAGUGUGUGCCCAUGGGCACAUGCUAAGCACGGAAACUCAUACAUUUGGAGUGUUUUUAUUGGUGUGGUUGGUGUGAAUGCAGGGGGGCCAUCAUUAUUAAAAAGUUCAAGAAUCCAAAAGUUCAUUACACUUAGAUAUGUAUGUACAAAUAUCAUCUAUAUCAUGGGAAGUUAUUG